GACCCGGAAGCUGUCGCCGGCUGGCGGGCGGCUGGCCGGCGGCUCUGACCGCUUUGGGGCUGCCGAACGCAGUCGCCGGGGCUGCCGGAGCUUGCUGUGGCUGCUGACCGCCGCGGUCUGAAGGAACCCCCCAGUGAGUCCGCUCCGGACAGGGCCGCAGUCUGGGCACGCGGCACCCCCCCGGCGACGUGUGACCCGAUCUGCCGGCCGCUCGGGCGUUCGUAAGUGUCCGUGGGCCGCGCGGGGCCGCGAAGAGACUCUCCGCCUGGGCCACGAUGAAGGCCGUCAAGUUUUCCUCAUCUCGACUGGAAGAGACUAGUUGCUGGGCUCGGCUGACAGACGCGAGCGGGGGAAGAAGUAGCGCUCUCUCUGUCGCUUUGCAGCGCCUGUAGUCCUGAGGGUCCAGAGUUCACUCAGUAGCACCCGGGCUUGUCCUUUUCUGGGACACUUCAUGCUCUCACUCCCGUCACCAAAGUGAAAUAGGAGGCUGUCUGUGGAAACCACCUGCCCUUUCAGCCAUGAAGGCAGAAACAGUCACCGCUCCCCAGGAGAAUGCCCCCGAGUCCAGCUGUGUCUUCGGUAAUCUGUGGAGUAGCCGGAAGCUGAUGGUUUUGGGGGUCUUGCUGGGCUGGCUACUUGUCAUCCACCUUCUGGUCAACAUGUGGCUUCUGGUCCUUCUGUGUGCAUCGUUGGUGGUGCUGGGAGGAUGGCUGGGCGCCAGCGCCAUUGCAGGGGCUUCAGGUCAAUUGCACCUGGAACGAUUCAUCCCGGUCACCCCCUGUCCUCCAUGUCCCGAGGCAGAAAGGCAGCUGGAACAGGAGAUUAACCACACCAUCCAGAUGAUAAUCCGAGAUUUUGUGUUAUCCUGGUAUCGUUCAGUGAGCCAGGAACCAACCUUCCAGGCAGAGAUGGAGGCGGCCAUGAAAGGGUUGGUUCAGGAGCUUCGAAGGCGGAUGAGCAUAGUGGACAGCCAUGCUCUUACCCAGAGGGUCCUGACUCUCUGUGGUUGUCACCUGCAGAGCUAUAUUCAGGCAAAGGAGGCCAUUGCAAAGGAGCAGAACGGUUCAGUUCAGCCCUCCCAGCUAUGGGAUGCUUACUGCCAGGCUACUACUCCCCAUCCUGCCAUGCACAGCCCCACCACUGAGGUCACUUACGCACGUAGCAUUGUGAAUUUGUUACUUCAAGAGUUAGUGCCCAAGCCCCACCUGGAGACUAGGACUGGACGCCAUGUAGUAGUCGAACUCAUUACUUGCAAUGUAAUCUUACCCCUGAUCAGUAAGCUAUCAGAUCCCGACUGGAUCCACCUUAUACUUGUGAAUAUCUUUUCCAAGUAUAGACAUGAGGCAGCCCAAGGAACUAAACCACCCUGCCCAGCCAGUGUCCUAGAGCAGCCCUCCGUGCCCACAUCUCUGCCAUUGAUUGUUGAAGUAGAGAGUCCGCCAACAGGAAAAGUGCCUUCUCCAGUAGCAGCCCCAGUACACAUAACCUGUAGUGAGCCAGCCCCCUCCCCAGAGGUUGAAGAAGGCCACGAAGCUGUAGAGGGAGAUUUGACUGGGAUACUUGAAGAAAGAAAAGUAGGAAAUAACUCAUCCCAUUUUCUACAGCCAGAUAUUCGAGGCCCCUUGUUCUUAUGUGAAGACUCAGAGCUAGAGUCACCCCUGUCUGAACUGGGCAAAGAAACCAUCAUGCUCAUGACCCCAGGCAACUUCCUCUCUGACAGGAUUCAGGAUGCACUGUGUGCCCUAGAGGAUUCCCGGGCUCUGGAGCCUAAGGAUGGCGAGGGGUCUGAAGGUAUGGAAGGAGCAGAAGCUGAGGAAGCUCCAGGAACAGAAACAGAGACAGGCCUGCUGGUCUCCAUGCUUAACUGCCCAGAGAUCCAGAUUGACCCAGCAGACAAGGAGGUAGAGCAAGAUGUCACCUCUUUAACGACUUUGCUAGAGGAGCCAGAAAAAUCCUGUCCCCCACGACCUUCAUGCUUGGAAAAGGAUCUCACCAGUGGUGUGAGCUCCCUUGAUCCUACUCUGCCACCAAUUCCACUUUCCUCGUCUCCACCUGGUCCUCUCAGCUCAGCCACCUUCAGUUUUGAGCCCCUGAGCAGUCCAGAUGGCCCAGUUGUCAUUCAGAACCUUCGAAUCACUGGCACCAUCACUGCCCGAGAGCACAGUGGUACCGGCUUCCACCCGUACACGCUGUACACUGUGAAGUAUGAGACAGCCCUGAAUGGCGAGAACAGCAGCGGCCUACAGCAGCUGGCCUACCACACUGUGAACCGCCGCUACCGGGAGUUCUUGAAUCUGCAGACCCGCCUGGAGGAGAAACCAGAUCUACGAAAGUUUAUCAAAAAUAUUAAGGGUCCAAAAAAGCUCUUUCCAGAUCUUCCAUUUGGAAACAUGGAUAGUGAUAGAGUAGAAGCCCGGAAGAGCCUCCUGGAGUCCUUCCUGAAGCAACUCUGUGCCAUUCCUGAGAUUGCCAACAGUGAGGAGGUGCAGGAGUUCCUUGCACUGAAUACGGAUGCUCGGAUUGCCUUUGUGAAAAAGCCAUUCAUGGUCUCUAGGAUAGACAAGAUGGUGAUGAGUGCAAUUGUGGACACCUUGAAGACCGCGUUUCCUCGCUCUGAACCUCAGAGCCCCACAGAGGAGCUGAGUGAAGCCGAGAGUGAAAGCAAGCCCCAGACAGAAGGCAAGAAGGCUAGCAAGUCCAGAUUGAGGUUUUCAUCCAGUAAAAUUGCUCCUGCACUGAGUAUAGCUGAGGCACAGGACAGGAUUCUCUACUCUCUCCAGGAAAGCAGUGCGGAGUCCGAGAUCCUGUCCGUGUCUGGGAUGGAAUCCUUCAUUGAGAAGCAGGCAAAGUUACUGGAAGUACAGCCAGCAGAAGUCCCACAGAAAGAUCACCAGCAGGUCCCCAGAGACUAUGUGGAUAGUUGUUUGCUGGACACAGCUGUAGUAGCCCAAGAGCCCAACAACAGUGACCCAGGAACAGAGACAGAGUUGGCCGACACGGCCUUGAAUCUGGUCCUUGUGCUGUUAAUGGAGCAGUGGGAAUGGCUGUGUACUGAAAGCAUGCACAAGUUCCUCCACCUUGUUUUUGGAACGCUAGUUCAAAGGUGGCUGGAAGUACAGGUGUCUAAUCUAACAUGUCCCCAGCGCUGGGUGCAGUACCUCCGGCUUCUUCGGGAAUCUAUCUGGCCUGGUGGAGUGUUGCCUAAGUUUCCACGGCCUGGAAGGACUCAGGCACAGAAAGUGGCUACUGAGAAACAGGCUUUGCAGAGCUUGAUGAGUAUCCUGCCAGAUUUUUUAGUAGAAAUUCUGGGGGUGAACAAAUGCCGGCUGAGCUGGAGUCUAGUCUUGGAAUCGUUCCAGCAACCCCUCAUCAACAGACAUUUGAUUUACUGCCUUGGAGACAUCAUCCUAGAGUUCUUGGACCUCGGUGCCUCUGUUGAGGAGCCUGCCCCAACCACCUCUGCCUCAGAUUCCCCGGGCAGCCUCAAGAGGAUGGCUGUCUCCACCUAGCUAGGAGUUAUUCCCACAGUCUUCAAAGAAAGCUUUUCAACCACCCAGAGACCGAUUAAGAUGCCUAUGCCCUCUGGAGCUAGGCGACCUUAGCUGGCCUCCAUCUCAGUGGCUCAAUUCUCCUGCCAGGUCUCCCUUAGUAACAGGUGACAGGGAUAUAUCACCCAAUUGCAUGCAUAUCUGUUUCCAUAGUCUUAUGGCAUAUGGAUUGCUGCUGGUGAGGAGGUCUUGUUUGUUUGGAAAAGGAAGCUGUGAAGCAGGGGCGUCUCCUUCGCUGCCUUCUCACCAUCAUGGUUAGCCAACAGCAUGGUCCUGUGCAUGCAUGCACCUAAUCCACAAAUGCACAAGCACUGGGUAAUACAGGCAAAUACUAUAGCCAAAUCUGGGAGGAUAAACCAUCUCCUGAGUUCUCUUCCCACCUGGAAACCAAACAUUCGUUCAGGAUCAUUCCCUCGCCCUGACUAGUUCGGCAGCAGUUCCAGAAGAGGGAAGGAAAGUAUGUCUCAAGGCACUUCUUGCUCUUUGGCUAUUUUGUCACACAGCGACCUUCUAGGGGAUGUCG